AUGGAAGAUUGUUGGCAAAACAUUGAAUGCAUCAGCGACAGAUUGUACGGCCAGGUGGCAUCUCUUCGCGAGAGAUUCGCGAAAGAAAAACGUAUUUUUGAGCAGGAGGGGAAGUCUGGAGCAGCAGCCUCAACCCGUCCAGAAUGGGCCUUAUAUAGUGUUAUGUCAUUUCUGACACCGCACAUUAGGAAGAGAAAAUCUGUGGACAAUUUUCAAACAAAGGCGUUGGUAUCUAAAACUACACCUUCACCAGAUGAAGAAAUAAUAAUAAAUGAGCAAGCUGUGGACAUUAAUAGCGCACCCUUUAUAAUUUCUACCUGUUCUACCCUCUCCUCGCCUGGCUGUAGCUCAUCAGCUGCUAAUAUGCCUUAUUUGGGACCUACAAGUCGUAAGAGGUCAAAGGUGGACGAAACAGAUGAAUUGUUCAGAGAGACUCUUACUAAUUUAAAUAAAUCUAUGGCUGUAGCCAGUGCUCCUACUCCACCACUAUCAUCACCACCUUCAAUUAAUGAUCCAGACGUCUUGAUUAGCAGAAACGUUGAAUCUUGUCUCAAGAAUUUGACAAAUAUGACUAAAUACUUUGAGAAGCUUGUGGGGCCUGCAUUUGAAUGUGCUUCCCAUCGAUGGCUCCCACACAAUGGGGAAACUGCCAUUCUUCCCAAAAUCCAGCAGCCACCUCACGCCACUCCGCUUCAUUUGCAGGAGGCUUUACAAAUGCAUUCUUCAAAACACUUACAAGUGCUCGAGUAG